AUGUCAAUUUAAUUAUAUUUCAAUCCAAUCUCAUAGCCAUCAAGAGCCGUACAUGCAAUAUUGGUACUUGGUAAAAUCCCCCAUGAUUUACACGUCAUUGAUUUGAUGAAACAAGAGCAAAACACACCAGAAUACAGAAAGAUAUCCCCAACCGGUAACGUGCCUUCAAUUGUCGAUGGAGACGUUGUCUUGUUUGAAUCCCAUGCUAUAUUAAAAUAUUUAGCUAAGAAAUUCAAGCUUGAAAAUUUAUAUCCAUCUGAUAUUGUUGAACAAGCCAGACUUGAUUAAUAUCUUGAUUGGCAUCACACAGGAACCAGAAAUGUUACUAUAACAGCCAGAGAUUUUGUAUUCUUUCCCGUACUCUUUGGAAAGCCAGCUCCAGAAAAUAAAGAGGAAAGAUUAAAAGAAUUAGAAUGGUAUCUUAAGACCUUUGAAGAGGUCUUCUUGGGAAAUGGAAAACAUCAAUACAUAUUGGGAUUUGCCGAGCCAACAAUUGCUGAUUUGAGUGCAAUUUGUGAAUUGGCAUCAUUAUUCUUGCUAAAUAUUGAUCUUGCUCCUCUUCCACACCUUCAUAAAUACAUUAAACAUAUCCUUUCAAUUCCUGAAGUAAAAUAGGUCCAUGAAGCUGCUUUUGGAUUUACCUAAAAAUUCACACAAAACUUAAGAUAAGAGUAUGUCGAUAUUAUCUAAUGAGUUAAUAAAUACAAAAUUUACAAACAAUUUCCUAAUUCC